CGAACAACAUUUUAGAGACAGAUUUAAAAUCAAAAAAUAAAUGAGUGUAUUAAUUGGUGAAGAAUGUGGGAGUAAAAAUUGUUAAAUAUAAGAGAACUAAUAAAAUGGAGAUAGUGAAUAUUCAUAAAUUAGGAUUUGGGAACAAAGUAAAACUUAUAUUUAUUUUAGUUGCUCGAGGAUAUGAAUAAGAAAUACAAGUAAGAUUAACAUGUAAUAAAAUAGUAAUUACAACAAUAAAUAUGGGAAAAUAAUAUGAAUAAAGUAUAUCAUAAGAGUAAUGGUGUUCCAAAAAACUAUAUGGAAUAAAUUAAACGAAUGAAAAUGGGUAAAUCUCAUAAAAAUUGCAGCGUAUGCUGCCAUGAGUUUCAUAAAGGUUUAAUAUUCUUAAAAAUUUAUAGAUGAAUCAAUUUUAAAGCUUCCAUGUAAACAUAUAUUUCAUGAAAAUUGUUGUAAAUCAUGGCUAAUGAAUAGCCGAAAAUGUCCAAAUUGUAGAUCUGAUGUCGUUGAAAUGAUAAAGAAUGAUUUGAAAUGAGUUAACCAUCAAAAAUC